AUGCGUCCAAUUAUAUUCUCUUUAUUGGUGUCUUCAGCAACAAUUGGUUCUGCCUAUAAAUCUCUGAUGUCAGAUGGAUGCGGACAAGGAAAUUUUCAUGAUCUUGUGAUCAGGAAUUCUUGUGCAGAUGAUUUGUCAAUUGUCAAAUGUCUCGCAGAAGAUGUUGAUUUGAGACAAUUGGAUCAAAUCAAACAAUGUUUUAUAGCUGGUGGAUGUGAUGCGAUCGACUCUACUAUAUCAGCAGUUUGGUUUUCAUAUGAAUGCAAUGAUCGUCAAGGACCGGUGGAAGAGGCUAUGAAAGAGGAUUUAAGGAAGCGAGCCACCGAAACGAGCUCGACUUCAGAAAGUACUACGGAAUCCACUACCUCAGAGGCUUCAACGGCUACAUCUUCAACCUCAACUUCAGCCAGUACGACGGUUGCCACAACUACGACCUCCGCAUCCACAACUGCUUCAGCUGCAGCUUCAUCCACGACCGCCACGAGUUCAUCAUCUACCAUAACUGGCGCUUCUGCAUCUACAACGACCGCGAGCACAACUUCUUUAACAUCCGCCACAACUACUAGUGCAACUUCCAGUUCAACUGGAACUUCACUUGUCUGUUCCACAACCUCCUAUUAUUCUACGAGUGUGUGCUCAUAUGGGACAGGAGCAUCCACUGGUGUAACUCUUGGAUGUGUAACUACAUCAGCCGCCUUCACGAUUUGCGCGGAAGGUGUUCUUUGUACAACAGCUACAUCUGGAGAUGAUGUCUUUGUGGGAUUCAAAGAUCGUCAAGCCGCCAAAACGAUGCAAGCUGAGCACAUAGCACUCCUCGACGUAGAAAGUAAGCAGGCAAUGCAAUCACAUAACCAAAAGAGAUCCAAGUCGAUUCGACAACCAGAUGCCUUUGGAUAUUCUGAAUCGAAUUUACCGUUGAUUUCUGAGCCUGGACAAGAGCAAGGAUAUUCAAAUCAGGCGCCUCAAACCAUUACCAAUGCCCCACCUAGACGAAAUUAA